AUGGCGUUCACCAUUGCUGAGGAGAUUGCUACGGCUGCUGGCGCGAUUAUUCCUGCCAUCACGUACCAAUUGGCACUGGCUUUCCCUCGCAUUCGAGGAGAGGUCGUGAUGGCGGUCGAGAGCGACGAGAUGCUCCUCUUCCCUGGAAAAUAUUGCCGUGAUCAAUCGAAGGGAGACGCCUUACAUAUAUUUGAUGCCCCAGAUGAAUGCUUUUCAUCUGAGGAGGCAGCAAGGCUAGUUAUGCCGUUGGCAGACAUGUUCGCUGGCCCAUACUUGCUCAACACCCACCUGAUAUUCACAACAAUGAUAUCCGAAUUUCCAUGCAAGCCAGUGUCCACGAAAAUUUUCCCACCACCGAUGAUCGAAACACCAUACAGGAUGUCGAAGCGGAUCAGGGGCUUGUCAGACAUUGCGGCUGCCCAUACUGAUAAAGCCUCGAAACAAGCAGAGGAAUCGUGGAAAGCUCAUCUCAAAGUCAGGCAGUACUCGGUGGGUGAACGCGAACGCGAUCAUAUCAUGUCUGCUUACCUGACUCUCUGUAGCUCUAUUAUAGACACUGAUGUCACGGUGCACAUUACAACCACAGAAGUGACUACCUCCCAAAUCGACUGACGUCUCGAUGCCCUGUGCUCUGGCAAAAUAUAUCAUACUAGCAAAGAGCGCUAUCGACAUCGUAGCAGCAGUGAGCCACCAAUCCCCGACUCCAAUGGGACUGUAGUCGACAAUAGCAGACUGUCCAGACAACUGGCAUAUAUUUGC